UCCGCAUAUAUGUUGUGGUUCAACAAUGCACGCGAGCAGAUUAAGCGCGAAAAUCCGGGCAUUAAAGUGACCGAAGUGGCGAAAAAAGGUGGAGAGUUAUGGCGUUCAAUGAAUGACAAGUCGGAAUGGGAAGCAAAGGCAGCUAAAGCCAAGGAAGAUUAUGAUGAAGCGGUGAGAGAAUUUGAGGCCAAUGGAGGCAGCUGCCGAAUUUAUAUUCAUAUAAUCAGCUGGAUUGAAAAAACGUUUACACAAAGUUUCCAGUCACUCACAUCAAAGGUAAAACAAAAAUAA